UAGGACACCACUUGCACUUGCCUGACCGCCAUACAAGUGUUGAUAAUUUAUUCACAUGCGACGAACGUUGUUUCAACUGGAGUUAUAAGUUUAUGAGCUGUACUUCCAAGACCGUGUUUUUCACACAUACUGCUAACAGUACCUUUAAAAAAUCAUUUUGGUAUUUGGACGUAAGAGAAAGUUGGUGUUCGCAGUACACAUUUUGCAAGGAUACAGUACCAGUCAUGUCACGUGUCCAGGAGAAGGACGAUGGCGGGGAGACCUUGGAGUUUAUGGACAUGGGGGAUAUCCGGACACCCGCCUUUGGUAUAAAGACUGACGAUGAACUCAAGAAAAUCUUUGACGGGAUACCAGAAUUCAAACACAGGGAUGACGACGUUAUGUUGUGCACAUUUGCAAAGACCGGAACGAACUGGAUGUAUGAGGUAUUGAUGAUGUUGCUGCGGCGGAAGGCGGAACGGGUGGAUCUCAACAAGAGCAUGACCAUGCUUGAGCUACAGGGGGUGGAGGACGUGGACAAGGUCCCAUCUCCCAGAGUAAUCAACUGUCAUCUCCCACCCAGAUUUCUGCCCAAAGACCUGGCUCAGAAGAAGAUAAAGACGAUGUUGUGUUUGCGAAAUCCAAAGGACACGGCCGUCUCAUUUUUCAACCAUAUGCGGGGCAUGAAAAUGUACAACUACGGUAACGGACAAUGGAAAAACAGGUUGCGGCCAUACGUCCAGGGAAAAUACGAGUACGGGCCCUAUCCUGCCUACUUGAACGAGUGGCAGGAAGUCAUAGAGGCGGGACCGAGGUACCCGAUACACGUCAUGUUCUUCGAGGACCUGAAAAUGAAUGGGAUGAAAGAAAUCGAAAGGCUUAUUUCAUUUCUAGAGAUCGAUAUAUCGGAUAGUUUGCAGAGAGAUAUACUAGACAUGUGUGGCUUCCAGAAGAUGGCUGCGGACAAAAUGCUCAUACAAGAUCAAGAUGGGUUUUUUAAUGAAAACUUUCGAUUCUUUAGAAAAGGUGAGGUUGGGGACUGGAAGAACUGGUUUACGGUGGAACAGAACGAAUACUUCGACUCCGAAUGGAACAAACAGAUCCGGGCAGAUACAAUCUUCCAGUUCAAGUACACACAUAGUCAAGGAAACUCCUAAUAAAAGUGUGUUUGGCCAACUCACUAAAAUACCCAUAACCCGAACAUUUGUUUAGCUUCCCCGGUGGUCGUUUGUAUGUUCGUUCUUCGUUUCGGAAUUAGGGGAAAAGGAAGUAAAAACAAAACAAAGAAUUUGGGUUCGGUAUGGUCAAACAUUUUUUAAUUAUGCCCUUACUGAAGACUUUGUUUACCGGGUAGUAGAUUUUUUUUAUUAUUAUGAUUGUGCAAGAAAGAGUGUUUCGGGUAAAAUUGUUGGAUUAUAUCAAAUAUAUGAACAGUUUUUAUUAUUCUGGAUAUACACAUGUAUAUGACCAAAGAUAUAUGUAAGACUCUGCAAGGUAAAUUUGACAGACUAUAUCAAUUGAAUGAACAGUUUAUAAUUAUAUUUUUUAUUAAAUCGUUAUAUAUUUAUUUCCAAGUGGAAAUUGUCGGAAUAAAUCAAUAAUAUGAAUUGUUAUGAUUGUUAUCGUGUUAUGUCUUGGUAAGAAAGGAAGUGCAAUUAAGUGACUAUGCAAGGAGUGUUCCCCAUUAUAAAAAAAUGAACUGCACUAGAAAUACGCAUAAUAAAGUUUGCUUUCA